AUGCGCUCAUUGGAAGCCCUGGGCGUCGCGCUGCACGCAUCGCUCCUGGUGUUGCUGGCGCACGGGAUUCAUAAAUCCAGAGAUGGACUCGCCGUGAGGUCUCUGCACCGGUUCGACCUGAUGGAGCGACCCACGGGAGCCCACCUGCCCACCUAUAUGAUGCACCUUUACAGGAAUUUCCAGUCGAAUUUCUCCGAGCCCUUGGACAACGUGGAGCAGGACGCGGCGAAGCGCGCGGAUACGGUGAAGAGCAUGAUGGCGAAAAAUCUGACCUACAGACACGGCCGUUGGGUGGCGACGUUUGACCUACACGUGUUGCUGGCUGAUAAGCACAUCCAAGCUGCAGAGCUGAGAAUCCGACUUCCUCCAUCACAAAAUCUUCCCGACGUCUCCGUGGAGGUGUAUCACCUGGAUCGUGAGCCGGUGGGACUGCUCAACAAAUCAUCUCUGGUAACCUCGUCCCACAGCUGGAAGGUGUUCAACAUGACAAGCCCCCUCUUGGGGUGGCUCCGGCAGAAAUCGGCCGCGAAACGUCGAAGCAAAAGAAUCCCAAGGCGCAGGAAAGUCACGGAGAAGAAGAGAGGCCUCCCUAUUCGGCCUCUCUUUGAGACGAGAGCCCAGGCCUUGCUGGUCGUCUUCUCCCACACGGGGUCUGAUGAAAGCUCGAGGGCUAAAGCGAGCCUGUUGCAUACAGCCGAGCAAUCCAAGUUCUUGUCCCCCGCUGAAAUCAAAAGGGUCCCCCGGCCCAAGAGGCGUAGGAGCAAACGGGGCCAGAGAGAACAAACGGCAAAAAGCCCACAGGUGUUCACGAGAGGGGCUCGUGAAACGUCCCUCUGCCACCGAGUGGACCUGCAUGUCGACUUCAAUCAGAUUGGCUGGGGUUCCUGGAUCGUCUUUCCCAAAAGAUACAACGCCUACCGAUGUGAAGGUUCCUGCCCUGGUCCUGUGGGAGAAGACCUGAAUCCAACAAAUCAUGCUUACAUGCAGAGUCUCCUGAAACAUUUCCAUCCCGAGCGAGUGGUGCCGCCGUGUUGCGCCCCGACCAAAAUGAGCGCGCUGAGCAUGCUCUACUACGAGAACGGAGAGAUGCUCCUUCGACACCACGAAGACAUGAUUGUGGAUGAGUGCGGCUGCCAGUGAACACCACAACCACGGAGUUGACUCUUUUGCAGAGUGCUAGGACAGCACGGACAUGCUGUAAAGAAGGAAGCAAUUCUUGGAGAGAGAAAAAAAAAACACUUAACCUUAAUUAAGGGACAAAAGCUCUUUGACAUUUGGGAUUGUGCACUGUUGAGACUGCAUCUUAUCCAUGUUUGGAAUCAUGACCAAAAUUUGUGACGUGGACUCUGGUUUUUAAGGAGGACAAGUUAUUUGAAGAAGUGCUUACAUACUUACUUGAAAGGUUGUUAGCCGUUGUCACAAUCUAGUUUGGUCCGUUAUGACCUCACAACAUAUCAAUGUAAGCAACGUAAACAUGAAAUGACAUUAUUAAAUAUACCUGUCCUAUUUGUAUUGUACAUUACACUGCUAUUGUAAAUUAAUGUAUAUUUAAUGUAAAUAUUAAAAAUGUAUUUAUGUUCAUUUUGGAUUUUGGAAAGCUUGUUAAUGCUGGACAUAUCUUUAGGGUCUAAUGCUAUAUAGCGACAUCAUUUUUU